GCGCCCACUCCACCUUUGCAGCUUGCGCUCGGGUGCAGGAACUGCUGCGGCAGAUCACACCGCUGACGGUGGCGGCACCAGCGAACGAACCCCGGCCCCGCCCCCUGCAAAGCGCUAGGCUACAACGCAGCCACCGAGCCCCGACACAAACCCAUGCGCAUGCGCGCGCCUGACGGAGGGCGGAGGGGGAAUUGCCUUGUCUGCGGUGAGUGACGGAGCCGCGCGCCAAUCGCUUUCUCUCCGGGUCGCCGCCCUUCCAUGUCGCACGCUAGUGGGCGGGGCGGGAGCCCGGCUCGCUGUUGCCUGGCCGCUGUCGGCGUUGCUGCUCAGUCAGGCUGUGCGAGACCUGGAGGGGGGGUCACGGAGUCGGGGAGUUGCCGCCGCCAUGAACAAGGAUCUGCGCAGGGAGCGUGACUCGGCCUCCUUCAAUCCCGAGCUCCUCACCCACAUUCUGGAUGGGGGCGCCGAGCGGACCCGGCGCCGCAGGGAGAUUGAAGCCUUAGUUCUGAAUGAUCCAGACUUCCAGCAUGAGGAUUUGAAUUUCCUCUCCCGCAGCCAGCGCUAUGAGAUGGCCAUCAGGAAGAGCGCUCUGAUGGUGAUGAAGCUAAGAGAGUAUGGGAUUGCAGAUCCUGAUGAAAUCUACUGGUUUAAAAGCUCUAUUCAUCGUGGACGGCCUGAGCCUCUGGACCUCCACCUGGGCAUGUUCUUGCCCACCCUCCUCACCCAGGCAACCCUGGAACAGCAGGACCGGUUCUUCAUGCCUGCCUGGAAUCUGGAGAUCAUUGGCACUUAUGCUCAAACCGAGAUGGGCCAUGGAACUCAUCUUCGAGGCUUGGAAACCACUGCCACCUAUGACCCCACAACCCAGGAAUUCAUUCUCAACAGCCCCACUGUGACUUCCAUUAAGUGGUGGCCAGGUGGACUUGGAAAGACCUCAAACCAUGCCAUAGUUCUGGCUCAGCUCUAUACCCAGGGCCAAUGCAAAGGGCUGCAUGCCUUCAUUGUACCCAUACGGCAGCUGGGCACCCAUGAGCCCUUGCCAGGUAUUACUGUGGGUGACAUCGGGCCAAAAUUUGGUUAUGAUGAAAUGGAUAAUGGCUACUUAAAAAUGGACAAGUUCCGCAUUCCCCGGGAGAACAUGCUGAUGAAGUACGCCAAGGUUGAACCAGAUGGCACAUACGUGAAACCACUCAGUGACAAGCUGACUUAUGGGACCAUGGUGUUCAUCCGAUCCCUCAUUGUGGGGGAUUCUGCUCGCUCAUUGUCCAGGGCUUGUACCAUUGCCAUCCGCUACAGUUCAGUGAGGCACCAGUCUGAGCUAAAGCCAGGGGAACCGGAGCCCCAGAUCUUGGACUAUCAAACCCAACAAUACAAACUCUUUCCUCUCCUGGCAACUGCCUUUGCCUUUCACUUUGUUGGAGCCUACAUGAAAAAGACCUAUCAGCGCAUCACUGGUGACAUCAACCAGGGAGACCUGAGCGAGCUGCCAGAGCUCCACGCGUUGUCUGCAGGGCUAAAGGCAUUCACUUCAUGGACAGCCAACGCUGGCAUUGAAGAAUGUCGAAUGGCAUGUGGUGGGCAUGGCUACUCUCGUUGCAGUGGCCUUCCUGAUAUCUAUGUUAAUUUCACCCCAUCCUGCACCUACGAGGGAGAAAACACUGUCAUGAUGUUGCAGACUGCUAGGUUCCUGAUCAAAAGUUACACCCAGGUUAGUUCAGGUCACCUGGUUAGUGGCAUGGUGUCUUACCUUAACGACCUCUCAGGGCAACACAUCCAGCCACAGCAGGUGGCUGCUAGGUCUACAACGGUACACAUCAAUGAUCCAGCCAGCUUGAUGGAGGUGUAUAAACUGCGGGCAUCAAGACUUGUUGAAGCAGCAGCAAAGAACUUGAAAGCUGAGCUGAACCGCAGGAAGAGCCAGGAAGAUGCCUGGAACCGAACCUCUGUUGACCUGGUGCGAGCAUCUGAGGCACACUGUCACUAUGUGGUGGUGAAGCUUUUCACAGCACAGCUCUCAGGAAUUAAUGAUGCAGCUGUCCAUGCUGUGAUGAACAAUCUGUGUCUCCUGUAUGCACUCUAUGGAAUCAGUAAGCACACAGGGGAUUUUCUGCAGGCGGGCAUUUUGACAGAUGCACAGGUUACUCAGGUGUACCAGCGUGUGAAGGAGCUUCUGGCUGCAAUCCGUCCCAAUGCUGUAGCACUAGUUGAUGCCUUUGAUUUUCAUGAUGAUCACCUUGGAUCUGUGCUUGGCCGGUAUGAUGGCAACAUCUACGAGAAUAUGUUUGAAUGGGCAAAGAAAUCCCCACUAAACAAAACAGAGGUUCAUGAGUCUUUCCAGAAGCAUCUGAAGCCAAUGCAAGCCAAGCUGUGAAAAUGUUUUUUAAAAACACACUAUUGUCCAGCUCUCUAAAUUGGAUGUCAUUGCUUUCCGUCAGGCACCUGAAUCAAAUCUUUGAAAUCCCAAUAACUGUAGGGCAGUAAAUAAUUGUAGCCUCUCUUUCCAUUUUUAUAUAUUGACAGGGUGGGAUGGGGGAAAUUAGAGAAAUUGUAUAAGAAGGGGUGUGUGUUUUUUUUUUAAAGUGCAAUUAUAAUCCUUGAGAAAUGUACCUUUUUAAGCAUUGGGGAAAGUUGUACAGAUUCAUGUAAGGCUUCCAUUUGUGAAGCUGCUAACUGCAGAGGUCAUUCAUCUGGAAAGCAUAGUAGGAUUUUACUACUAAGUAGUUAACUGCAUUCAGGCAAUAGCUGCUGACGAACAGCUAUGUCUUGUUAAAAACACUUUUAACUCAGCAACACCCUUCUGCCAACAUGGUGUACCCCUACGUACACACACAGCUGCUGUCUGAAUCCUCCUGCAUCUUGCUAUGCACAGUGACACCUACAUGAACUAGUCAGGAUUCAAGGGUUUACACAGGGAGUUGUUGGGUCUUAAUCAAAGCUCUGUGAUAUUCUCCAUUUUAAUCCAUCUCUCUCCCAGUUUCUUACUGCUGUUUCCCUGGGCACAGCACUGUCCUUUCAGCAGGGGUGCCUGAACCUCCUUCCUGGCAGCAGGACCUUCCAGAUGCAGUUUGGAAUUAUAUCCCCUUUUUUUCUCUGGAGCUCAGCCUCAAUCAAAUCAUCCACUGAGCUUUCUCCAUGGUAUUCCAUUCCAUCCUUUCUUCCUUCAACCUGCAAACACCCUCUUUACACCCCCAUAUCCCAUGUCCAUCACUGGCACACUCCCCUCUUUGAGGCUCUCAACUAAUAGCAGCUGUGGAGAGAAAACAGCCAGGAGCAAGCUAAUGGGAGUUCUGCCAUCUUUUUAAUCUUUAGCAUUUCUACAGUACUUCACAUCUGCAAAGCACUUAACAAAUACUAAUAUAUAGGUGUGUCAAAAGCCAGAUUUGCUGGUGGGAAAUUGCAAACCUGACCAGUUGUGCAACUAGUGCUUGCCAGUAUUUGAAAGCAAAAGUUGGCUGGAUUGGGGUCUUUUACCCCCAUUGGUCUUGCUCUGUGAUGUACUGUAUCCAAACGUGUGUUGCAUGGAAACUCUCAACAGUCUCUCCUAGUGCAGUGGUUCUCAAACUUAUUUGAUCAGGCCCUCCUUUGUGUCUGUAAUUGUUUAUACGCCCCAGUAUAUAUACCACCAGCCAGCUCUGAAGGCAGAGCAGCGGCUGCUGGCUGGGCACCCAGCUCUGAAGGCAAUGGCGUGCCAGCAGCAGCACUGAAGUAAGGGUUGCAAUGCCCCAAUGAGGUGAGGGUUUGAGCAACGCGGGGAAGGAAAGUCUGAGACCACAUGGUGAGGCUCCAGCUGCCCCCUUUAUUCCUGCCUCUUGUGUGUGCACAGCCCUUCUGCAUGAGCCCUAGCCACCCGGGGCUAACAGCCAGCGCUCUUUUAAAAAAACAAAAACAAAACAAAAAAGCCUUGACAGAUUCCUGCGCCUCUCUUGGGAAGCCCACCCCAUAGUUUGAGAACUGCUGUCCUGGUGGAACAUCUGUCAUCUUUUCCCCAUUAACUUCCAAUGAGCUUUCUCUGAAAUGUUUUAAAAUGUCCCUUUUAGUACUGAAGUGAGACUUACACAAUUUCUUUCUCUAUUAACGGAUUAAAGACUUAGCUUUUAACUAA